AUGAGCGAAUACGUAAUGCGCAUGCGUCUGUCUCUAACAGUUUUUGUCAUGUCAUCGGUGGUUCGCGUGAAGAAGUGUCCAAAAUGUGCCAGCUGUAUUCCUGUGGCGUGUAAACGCUGUGCGACAUGUAGUUACGUAUUUAUACCGCGAAAAAUUGGGACUGUGGCGCCAGUAACAGUUUCUACCUACGCAGGUCAUCGACCAGCGCGUACUGCACGUUUUAGAAGAAGACUUCCCGCUUCUAGAUAUUCUCCUGAGUUGAAACAGAAGAGAUCGUCGGAGGACGUCAGGGAGAUGGAAACGGAUAGUAGCGAAUCGUCGGAGAAACGCAGAGGUACACGGCCGAGGAACUUCGAGCAGUCGAAUGAAGAAGAAAAAUUUGAGGUGGAUGAGACGGAGGAGGUGCUGAGACCUCCAAAGCACAGGGCGCAGGCCUUCCGUUUAAUUCUGAUUGACAUUAAUAGAAAGUUGGGGCACAGACAGACAACACAGGUUCAGCCAAAAGAAAAUUAG